AUGGCGAGGGCGGUCAAGAUCUCGCCUUCAACUCAGUCCUUCGCGUCCGAUCGCAAACAACAGCAUGACGCGUCUCCUGUUCCUCCUGUUCCUCCUGUUCCUCCACUGAAGGCAAGGCCCCCACCGUCUCUGUGGUCGUACCUUCCCACAUGGGUUUCGAAGAACCUACGCUCGAAGAGGUCGUUGAAGAUAUUGUUCAGAUCAUGUGUAGCUUGUUGGCUGGCGUAUGUGAUCAUGCUCCCGAAUGCGUCGCUGAGAACGCUUGGUACAGCUGGAUUCUUUGGGCUGCUAACAAGUUUGUUUGUGCCAGCCUACAUACCUGUACAGCUCUUUUUCUUUAUUAUGACCACCGUUGAGGUCGGGCUUCUCUUGGGAUGGGGUAUUGGUGCAGCUGCCAUGCGUGCGGCCAACGAAUCUAGGGAUCCAUCUGUCCUACAAGCAUCGAUGGCCGUUCUGAAUGCAAGCAUAGCAGCUAAUCCGGCCUUUCAAGCCAAUCCUACGCUAGCAACGACCACCGCGAUCUACCACGGAGUCUUUCUGGACACUCGCGCUUCAGUGGUGUAUGGAUGCUUUUUGGGGCUUGGAGCUUUCAUAAUGGGUCUUUUCCGGGCCUACGCACCAACUCUGAUAUUCCUUAGCAUCUUUGGAACUAUUGCAAUGGAUAUUUUUGCUACCUACGGACCUCUAUUUCCAACCGCUCACUAUCACUUAAUGAACUCUAUGGCCAUCUCAGUUUCAUGCUAUAUGGCUAUUGCGAUUUUGACGACCAUAUUUAUCUUCCCCGAAAGCAUGAAUCACUCACUUAUUAACGACGUAUUGGAACAACUAGACCGCUUGAAAGAUAUGGUGGAGACUCAGGACGAAGUGUUGCGUACACCGCCAGAGCACCUAGUUUCUGAACAGUCACCUUUGAUCAAGGAGACCAAAGUCGCGAGAGCCACAAUCGUACUCUCUCAGCAACAGCUUAUGGCUACGUCCCGAUUUAUCCACUUGGAAUUCAGUCACGGAAGAUGGAAUGGCGAUGAUGUGCUAGAUCUGUUGGAACCGCUCCUUACCCUAGUCACUCAAGUUGCCGGUCUCCAGAGCUUCUCUCAGCUCAUCUGCAUGUCCCAGCAUCUGUUUGAGCGUUUCCGUUCGGAUUCUACCACCACGAUUCCUGAUACUAGCGACGGCUAUCUUCUCCGGCGAUAUCACGAGCGUAACGAGACUAUCGAAGCGGAGCACAAGGUCCACGUAUCUGAGGUCCUCCCCAUCAUCGACCGCUCUACGGGUCCUCUCCGACAAGCCAUCUCGAAUGGCAUCGAGACGACCAAACGCUCUCUGAACCAUAUCAAUCAGUGUCGGUGGAGUCGUAACGCGGAUAUGGACGCUCAGAUGCGAGUGGGGCUGGAUAAAGCUAUCGAAGAACUCCAGUCCUCCCUUGGUGAAUUCAAGAAGACCAACAGACUUGCUCUGAUCAACCCUUUCAGGCCCAUCCUCAAUAACCGCGAGCUCACCCAAGGGAGCCAGACCCUGCCACUACGUUCGUUGUAUGUAUCGUAUGUGUUUGCGACGACGAUGAUCAACGUAGGCGAGGCAUCCCUGGGUUUGAUGACGCUUGUGAGUGAUACCAUGGAGAAAAGGAAGGCGAACCGGUUGUGGGCGCCCAAGGGGCUGAGAAAGCUGUGGAAGAUCCUUUCAGCGAGAGGUGAUCAGACAAAUGCGGUGCUUGGGGACGACGUUUCGCCCCAUGCUACCGGUCGGCAUGUGGAGGAGCACGAGGUGGACCAUCGACGCGACCCGGAUAGCCGGCCGCCGACCAAUGCUUUCCAGAGAGUCAUGCAUCGUAUCUCUGCUGUAUAUCGCUGGACGCUGACUCCGGAAGCUAUCUUUGCCUUCAAAUAUAUAUUCAUUUCUAUCGCUCUUUGGAUUCCUUGUGUGGUGCGGUCUUCUGCAUUCUUUUUCUACAGAGAGAAAGGCAUCUGGGCGCUUAUCAUGGCUCAAACAGUGAUCAAUCUGUAUGCUGCGGAUCAGAUAUUCAACCUGGUAACCCGCUUGAUUGGUACUUUUGGUGGGCUCGUCGCUGGUCUUCUCGCCUGGUAUCUCGGCAAUGCUAAUUCACACGGAAGUGUCUACGGAUCUGCUGCAGCAGUGGGCUUCGUACUCAUCCCUAUAGUCUUUGUUCGCCUUUUCAGUCCCGUCAAAUAUCUUCAGGGAGUCGUUCUAGGAUGUGCAACCUUCGCCCUUGUGGUUGGAUAUUCGUGGAUAGACGGGCAUUUGACCCAAUUGGCUACUCCUGGUCAAGGUUGGUCCGUUGCUUGGAGGCGCUGGGUGUUGGUUGUCAUUGGUUCCGGCGCAUCUUUCGUUGUUAUGAUGCUUCCCCCUACUUCUGGACGAAAGGCCGUACGUCUACGGAAUGCGUCAUCGAUAUCAUCACUGUCGAAUCUUUACGGACACCUCAUAUCAACGUGGAUAUCUGAGGUCGGGCCUGACGAAGAAAAGGUCGAACGGGGUGAAGAGCAAGCCAAGACAAGGUGGGUGAAAGAGUUCCGUGAGAAGGUUAUGGGAGCUUCGUCGGAAAUGCGCACGAUACGGGAGUUGACUGAGCUAGCGAUGUGGGAGGGGAGUUUGCGCGGCAAGUGGCCGAAGGAGGAGUACGUACAACUAGUGGAGGUGCAGAUUGAGAUGGUCUCGAGUUUGUGGCAGCUCGGAGCCGCGCUUAUGCAGCUUGACGACGCUUGGCGGGUGACUUUCCUCCAUCAUACGGGCGUGCUGAAUCCCAACUUUAUUUCGGACGUCAUGGGCCUUUUUUCGCUUGUAUCACAAUCUUUGCGCACUGCUGAGCCGAUGCAUCAAGUUCUCCCAGAGACACUCCUGGAGAAGCUGUUCUAUCACCAGAGCAACUAUGCGAUCAGGGACUCGCUGACGCUAGAGUCUGCCACCUCGUUGGACUAUAUGUAUUACGCCGCCGGUGUGGUUGCGGUGUAUCAGCUCUUGCAUUCUCUUGAUGAACUUCACCGCAUAACGAAGACACUUUGCGGAGAGGUACCCUUGAGAGGAUUUACGAGGUGGAAGGCUGAGUUCGAGCAGUCUAGGACGGAGAUUCGUGCGGCAUAG